CAUGACGUCACUUCCUGCGCGCGCCCGAUCAUGCUAACGGUAGCUAACCAGCAGCCAACUGCCAACGGAGACCUGUCCCACAGCUUUUACUCUCCGUCAAGAUACCGACAGGCUCCCGGUAGCUGCCCGGUGAAGCCUCAAAGUGUCCCCGCUGUAUGUCGUAUCUUCACGGGCGUCCAGGAGCUGCUGCUGUCCGGUAGAGACGCGCCAGCUCUGGUUGUUGUUGACAUCCGUGAAGAUGUGUCUCUAAACUCCAUGACGUUACUUAUUUCGCGGAAGUUUCUGUUUCUUCUCCAGUAUGCAUUUAACACAUCUCCUCUGACUCGGCAUUUUAGGCCGGACCUUUAAGUGUUUGUUUUGUAUUAAGUCUUCGGUUGCGAUGAAGCUGCAGUGUGAUGUGGAGGUGGUGAAUCGGAUGCUCCCCUCGUUUGGGAUUAGGAACCGAGGGAAGGGGGUCAGAGCGGUGCUGUCCAUCGGGAAACAUGUGGAUAAGACAAGUCAUCGCAGCAACAUCUACAUGAUGAUCUGCACAGCGAAAGACAGAGCAGGCUCCAAGUACAAGCUGAAAGACAACAUAGAGAAGUUCUUCACUUGGUUUGUGGAGGAAGGCAAGGCCACUGUGAGAAUAAAGGAACCAGCUGUGGACAUUUGUUUGAGCAAGGCUGAUGCAAACAGCUUAAAGAACUUCCUAUCAGCUGCUCGUCUGGCAGACAGAGGGAGUGACGCCAGCAGCCUUCCUCUCUCCACGCUCACUCCUGUUCGUGCCAGAGAUGUGGAGCAACCCAAGAAGAAGCUCAGCAUCGUCUCCAAAAAGGACUACCCCCUCACCUCCAGCUUCCCCUACUCUCUGGAGCAGCUGCAGGUGUCCUACUGCAAGCUGUCCCGCGUGGACAUGAGGAUGCUGUCCCUGAAAGCUCUCCGGAAGCUUGACCUUAGUAACAACCACAUCAAGAAACUCCCCGCCACCAUCGGUGACCUGGGCUGCCUCUCGGAGCUCAUCCUGCACAACAACCACCUGGAGGCCUUCAGCGAGGCGCUCUGCCUGUCCACGCUGCAGCGCACCCUGCAGCUGCUGGACCUCAGCCAGAACCGCCUGCGCUCCCUCCCCGCUCAGUUCUGCCAGCUCAAAGAACUGGUGAACCUCAAACUGGACGACAACGAGCUUGUCUGUCUGCCCUUCCACGUGGGCCGGCUCUCCUCGCUGAGGUUCCUGUCCGCGGCGCAUAACCAGCUAGCUGUGUUGCCAGGUGACUUCCGUAAGCUGAGUCUGGAAAACCUGGACCUGUUUGGAAAUCCGUUUGUCCAACCUAACCCUCUGGACCACACCAUGAAACUCACGUUCCCCCUUCCACUGCAAGAGCUGGCUACCAGAGCUGUGGCCAACCUCAGGUUACCAUACGGACCUCACCUCAUCCCGGCCCACCUGUGUCGGGACCUGGAAGUAGCGAAGACCUGCGAGUGUGGCCGUGUCUGCCUCAAUUACUUCAUCAAGACGGCGGUCAGCAUGAACCUGCACCAGGUGUCCCACACGGUGGUCCUGGUGGACGACAUGGGGGGCACAGAUGCUCCGGUGCAGCAGUACUUCUGCUCCCUAUCCUGCUACUCUGAGUUUUUAGACAAGUCCCUCCAGAGAGGAAUCAGAUGAUGAAGAACAAACUCUUUUUUUGGACA